AUGGCACUGACACUAACACUAACCACUUCCGUUCAUCUUCUCAAUUCAACCUCCGUCGCGCGUCCCCGCAUCCUCGCCGCUGAUUCCCGUCACCGAUCGCGGCUUCCACGGCCUUCAUCGUCAAUCUCCAACUUCCAGCUCAGAUUUCCUUCGACAACUCAUUGCAGCGAGGAGCUUCGCUGCCUCUGCUCAUCGUCCUCCGCUGCAUCUCCUAUGCAAUUCGAAGUCUCCUCGCCGAACUCUCAGUUUCUUGAUAGUUUGCUAUAUUCAAGAGCGUAUUGGGUUACGGAACGAGUGAUUGCUUGGAAUGUGGAUGUUGGUGAAGGGUCGUGUUACUUGUAUGCGAGUAGAGUCGCUGGUUUAUCAUUCAGUGAAGAUGGAAUUGAUGGUUUUGAUUUUAGAGUCAAGCUUGAAGCUGAGUCUGGAUCACUUCAUAACAAUGUGAUUGAGAAGUUUCCACAUAUUGGGAAUUACAAACCGUUCAAAGUUCCUUUGGAUUUGGAUGUCAGGGAUCUUGUCAAAAGCCAAUUAGCUAUUGUUUGCUUCGAUGCGGAAGGACGGCUUAUACAGGGAACUGGGUUGCAAUUGCCUGGCGUCCUAGAUGAACUGUUCUCAUAUGAUGGUCCCCUAGGUGCACAUUUCACACCAGGGGGAGGUGUCUCUCUUCACCUCUGGGCUCCCACUGCUCAAGAAGUUUCUGUGUGCAUCUACAAAAACCCACUUGACAAGAAUCCGACGGAAAUUUGCCCAUUCGAAGAGGUUAAUGGUGUGUGGAGCACUAACGGACCGAGUAGUUGGGAAGGAUGCUAUUAUGCGUAUAAAGUAUCAGUCUAUCAUCCAAGCACCUUGAAAGUGGAAACUUGCUAUGCAAAUGAUCCUUAUGCACGAGGGCUUUCUGCUGAUGCGAGCAAAACUUAUCUGGUCAAUCUUGAUUCUGAUGAUCUAAAACCUGAAGGAUGGGAGAAAUUGGCAGAUAAGAAGCCAUGCCUAAGAUCCCACUCAGAUAUAAGUAUUUAUGAGCUGCAUGUGAGGGAUUUCAGUGUCUAUGAUGAGACUGUCGAACCUGAACAUCGUGGGGGAUAUCUGGCUUUCACUUUUAAGGAUUCUGCAGGUGUGAAACAUCUUCAAAAGUUAGCGGAUGCAGACACCAGUGUGCUGGAAGGAUUACCACCUGAUUCAGCUGAGGCACAAGCUCGUAUUACAGAAAUCCAGAAUGAUGAUGGCUUUAACUGGGGGUAUAAUCCUGUGCUCUGGGGAGUCCCAAAAGGAAGCUACGCUAGUGAUCCGACUGGUCCAUGCCGUAUUAUUGAAUUUAGAAAAAUGGUUCAGGCUCUUAAUCGUAUCGGUCUUAAUGUCGUCUUAGACGUUGUUUACAACCACUUGCAUGCAAGUGGGCCACACAACAAAGACUCUGUUCUUGAUAAGAUAGUUCCAGGUUACUAUUUGAGAAGGAACAAUGACGGUUUUAUUGAAAACAGUACGUGCGUAAACAACACUGCCAGCGAGCAUUAUAUGGUCGAUCGUCUGAUACGGGAUGAUCUAUUAAACUGGGUUGUUAAUUACAAGGUUGAUGGAUUCCGUUUUGAUCUCAUGGGUCAUAUAAUGAAAGAUACAAUGGUAAAAGCAAAAUCUGCAAUUGGUAACCUGAGAAAGGAAACAGAUGGAGUUGAUGGUUCAAGAAUUUAUUUAUAUGGUGAAGGAUGGAACUUCGGGGAAGUUGCUAACAACGGACGUGGAGUUAAUGCUUCACAGUUCAACUUAACCGGGACUGGAAUUGGAAGUUUUAAUGACCGUAUACGAGAUGCAACUCUUGGUGGAUCUCCAUUUGGUCAUCCUCUUCAACAAGGAUUCAUUACAGGUUUAUUGCUACAGCCUAACGGUCAUGAGCAUGGUUCAGAAGCUACCCAGCAUCUGAUGCUUUCUACUGCCAAAGAUCACAUCCAGAUUGGGAUGGCUGCAAAUUUGAAGGACUAUGUGCUAACUAAUCGUGAAGGAAAGGAGGUGAAGGGAUCAGAGAUUUUAAUGCAUGAUGCCACACCUGUUGCAUAUGCUUCACAGCCUACAGAAACUAUUAACUACGUCUCUGCUCAUGACAAUGAAACGCUCUUUGACAUUAUCAGCUUGAAGACACCGAUGGAAAUUUCAGUUGAUGAAAGGUGUCGAAUAAAUAGUUUGGCAUCAAGUAUGAUUGCCCUCUCGCAGGGUAUACCAUUCUUCCAUGCUGGGGACGAGAUUUUACGCUCGAAGUCACUUGAUCGUGAUUCUUACAACUCCGGUGAUUGGUUCAAUAGGUUAGAUUUCAGCUACAACUCCAACAACUGGGGUGUUGGGCUUCCUCCAAAAGGGAAAAACGAACACAGUUGGCCACUGAUUAAACCUAGGUUGCAAGAUCCAUCCUUCAAGCCUCAAAGCAGUCACAUAGUUGCCACGCUCAACAGUUUCUUAGACUUGUUACGCAUCAGAUACUCAUCACCUCUCUUCCGUUUGGAUACAGCAAAGGCUAUACAGGAACGAGUGAGAUUUCAUAACACAGGCCCCUCAUCAGUCCCUGGAGCCAUCGUCAUGAGCAUUGAAGAUGGUCACAAAGGCAUCACAAGUGUAUCUCAGAUCGAUCCAAUCUAUUCAUUCAUUGUGGUUAUCUUCAACGCUCGCCCGUCUGAGUUCUCAUUUCUCAGUCCCGCUCUGAAAGACAGGAAUCUCGAAUUACAUCCUGUGAAGUCGGGAGAUGAAAUAGUAAAGAAAUCAGUGUAUGAAGCGUUUUCCGGCGGCUUCCUUGUACCGGCAAGAACAACUACAGUGUUUGUUGAAUUGCGGAAUGGUUGAAUCUUUUUUUCUUUUAGCAAAACAAUGCUCUGUACCAUAAUAUUCUCUUGGUAACAUGACUUGUGUCUAUUAUGUUGAUUCUGUUUCGUAGAGUGAUAGUGGUAUUGUUGUAUUAAAGGUGUUGUCA